UAAUUCCUGGAAAAAAGACAUGCCCAAAUUGUCGCAAAGAACAUACUAGUAACCUGGAGGCCGCAUCGAAUAAGAAGGAUCAGCAGUUUGUAGAUGAAUCUGAUUCACAUAUGGGAAACGAAACUGAUGUAGAAACUAUGUCUUCUGGGAGCAAUGAAGAAAUGUCCUUGAAGCAUGACCUUGACACAAGUUUUGAAGAGAUGGGUUUGAGUCAAGUGAAACUACGUGGUGUUGCUUCUCAUUCCAAAGUCACUUUAGGUAAACGCAAACUACAGCAAUUUCACAAUAAACUGAAAGAUCAAGAAACCACAAUACAGAAACGAGUUGCCAAAGUUAUUGAUGUUAUGUCAGAAGAUCUAGAACUAUCAAAGAACAGUUAA